AUGGGUGUAGCAGCAGAUGUGAACCUGCAGCCCAACCUGGAGGAGGUUGAGGAACAGCUCUUUGUCUCUUUCACCUCAAAGUUAGUAAAGAAAACAGUACUCCUAAAUAUAGGCAUCUUACCAUUUCAGGAAGCCCUUGAAAUCCACCUCGGAGACACCACCCAAGAAGUUGUACCUCAGAAAACCUUUGAGCCAGUUGGAGUAACAGAAACCCUAGAGGAAAGAAUAGCAACACUAGAGGAGGUCCUUCUAAAGGAUUUAAAACUAAUGAAACAUCGACAGGUCAUACACCCUGUAUUGCAAGAAGUUGGCUUGAAGAUGAGCUUGCUGGAUCCAAAACUGUCCAUAGACCUGCAGUAUCUGGGUGUUCAUCUGCCCAUUCCUCAAUACUCUAACAUUCCAGGACAGAGCUCUGAAGCACCCUCUCCAAGUGGUUCAGCUGUUUUUGUAUCCAGAACGGGAAAGACUAAAGACGUCACCCAAAUUAAAGGCUGGAGAGAGAAGUUUGCUCCUUCAGAGUCCUCAGAGUCCUCAUCAUCAUCAUCCUUCAAGCCUGAUGUUGUUCCAAGCUCAGAUGGAACAACAUCAAAGAACCUGUCAGCCUUCUGCAGUGACAUGUUGGAUGAGUACCUCGCCAAUGAGGGCAAACUGAUCGAUGAGCGUGCCGCAAGUUUUUCCCAGACAGUGGUAAACCCUGUGACCUAUGAGCUUCCCACCAAGAGCACCAGCUAUGUCCGCACCCUCGACAGUGUCCUGAAGAAACAAACACAAGGACCCACUUCUUCUAUCAUCUCUGACUUCAUCCCUCCAUCUAAAAGACCCAAACUGCCCCCUCUAGGUCCCAGAAAUCAGAGAAGAACUAAAAAGGGACAAAUGCAAGAUUCCAAGGAAAACAAAACAAAAAUGUUAACUACUUCCACAACAACAACAUCAGCACCAAAACAUCCACCUAAAUCUGCACCAAAACCUGUGCAGACCUCUGGUUCCAUUGUGUCACAAUCAGAACACACAGCUCCCUUCACCCCAAAUCCAAAAGAUACAGUCCAAAAAAAGAGGAAGAAAAAAUCCAAGGUCUCAGAAGGACCUCCAGGAUCCUCUGCUGACAUGGCUCCCUUGGAAUCAGACUCUGAGCUGGGGCCUGCUGCAAACACCAUUCCCAACUCCAGCACCGUCAUCACCAAGACAAUGCUGAAGCUGAAGGACCUGGAGGACGGCGUUGUGUGGGAAGGCAGACACCGUACAUGCAUCACUGAAGAGAGGGCGGAGAUUGCUCUUUCAUCUCUCUUCACCUUGGCGGGCUUUGUGUGUGAGAACCCUACAGCUCCUGUCAGGAUCAUUAAGUGUCGUGCUCCUCCCUGCCUGAACGUUUUCUGCCGUCUUGGCUGUGUGUGCUCCAGCCUGACCCGAAAGAAGCAAAUCACGCACUGUGCCAAGACAGAGUGCAUAUUUGGCUGCAGCUGUUUCCGCCAGAAAGUAGUACUGUUAAAGAACCUAGAGGGGCCAGACUCCAGUGCCUCAGAUGACGGCUCAUCCCGGAAAAGGAGAAAGAGAAGGAUGAGGAUGGCGUACACGCUCAAAGAGGCAGAGAUGUCGGCGGUAUCCCAGCCUGCAUGUUAUGUGGGAACCCUGUGGAAGCCAAGAGAGGGAGAGAUUGACCCGGAGCCACUGCACGAGCCGGCAUCUUUUAACCUCUCUUCUCCGUCAUCACUCUGUAACUCUAAAGAUGAGCAUAUGACAUGUGCCAGGGUGCGAGCUUUUCAAGCCCGGAACAAGGAAGAAUUCAACCAGCCAACUCAGAAAGACAAUGUGUCUCAGCCUCAAUCAACUGACUCAGUAUCAGUAAACUGCUCCAAGACAGCAGCACUAAAGCCCCCCUUGGACCCCCUACCCAGCACAGAGCCGUCCAAGCGCCUUGAGGUUGUGUCAGAAUGCCGGUGGAAGAACCGUAGAGACAGGAACCAUGUGCUGAGGGUGGUGUGUGAGCGAAUGGCCCAGGACCGCCUCAACAGUCCCUUCAGGGUAAAAGGUUACCUGGUCCGCCCGCUAACCCAGAACCUGGUGCUAGAGGGGCAGGACUGUACUUUCGCCUACAAGGUCCACAUCUCCCAAGUGGCACAACCCUCCAGUGGGAUACAUGCAGAGGAGAAGGAGGGUCAGGAAGGGGAGGAUGGUAUGGAAGACUGGCAGAGGGAGUUAGAGGAUGACUUUCAGGAGGAAUUGGAGGACGAGGUGGAGAAGAAGAUGGAGGUGGAGUGGAGGAAGAGUGAGCUGGAAUCGAAGGAGGAAAAUAAAAAGAGUCUGAAGUAUCAGGGUCUGCCUUUCCUCACAGGAAUCUCCCCAGCAGGCAUACUGACAGCCAAUAAGAAGCAGCCGGGUGGUUCAGAAAAGGAUCUAGUCCAGGUAAAUGGUCGAUCGUACCCCCAUGCAAAGAUCCAGCUGGGGAAUAUGGGUGCCAUUCAUCCUGCCAACAGAUUGGCAGCCUACCUCACUGGCAGGCUAUCCCAUGCAAGCCAAGAGCAGGUUAAAUUAACCUAUUCCUCCUCCACCACCAAUCCAACCAUCGCCUACAACUCAAAAACACAGAAGCAACCCUCAGCAGUGGGAAUCUCUGCUCCUCAGCAAACCCUGUCUGCAGCCACCUCUUCCAACACCUCUGUGACCACAUCAGACGUUGACGCUGUGUCAGUCCAGAAGACGGUGGUGUCUGUUUCAAACACAGCCCCAGGAGGAGUGGGAGCCCCGCAGCCCACUAUGCUGAUUAUCCCUGUCCCUGGGACCAACAACGUGUUCAAGAUGCCCUGCCCGACCUCCCAGCCCCUGGCACCCAUCACGCCUGGCCAGAGGAUGUUGCUCCAGCCUAUCUGCUCCACCAAGGGGACCACCGUCUACCGCAACCCAGAAGGAAAGCUCAUUCAGCUGGUUCCCCUCAGUCAGCUGCAGGCCCUCAACCCAAACCUGGUGGUGCAGAAAGCUGUUCCGCUUGCUUCUGCCCAGCCAGUGUUAUCUACCUCAGUAUCCUCGCCUGCCUCUCUACCUAACAAGACUUUCUCUAGUGGCCAGGUCCUAAAACCUGUACCUCCAGGGCCCUCCUCCACUGUCACACACACCCCUCCCUCAGUACAUACCGCCACCAAGGCCUCUCCCAACGUCACUGUCCUAUCCAGCUCUAAGUCAGUCACUCUCCAUUGUAUAACUUGUCCCAGUUCAGCAGCUGGUAACAUUGCUGGAAAUGCCCCCCCUCCGGAUUUCGUAGGUCAAAAGGACACGUGCACUUUUAAAAUCCUUCCUCCCUUAAGAAAGAAAAAAAGCCAGGGCUUUAUUAAAUCUGGAACUGGCUCGAUUACAAUCCUAAAACCCCUUCCAACCCUGGUCCCUCUUUCAGUCAAAUCCCCUGGAAGUCAGGUCAAGGUCACAGAGACUGCAGUAAAAAACAACUUGAUUACAUCCACCACUACAUCAACACGUCCCUCCUCCACUUCCUCAUCAGAUGCCAUUCUGGGAGAGGGGAGAGUGUACAGUCCCACCUAUAUCAGCCCUAAGUCUACUGAUUCUCCCCAAAUCCCUGUAACCUCCAUAAAUCCCCCUGUGCCCUCCCAGAAGGUGUCUCUCACUCAGACCCCCCAAACGUCCUCAGUCACUGAGCCAAGCUCCGGUAUGAUAGGCCAGGACGUUGUCUGUCGAAGGGAGGAAAAUAAUAAAGAGCCAGGAAAGAGGGUUGAAGAUGGCGGGAGGCUGGAUAUUUCUGAGGCAAGGCACUCACUAGGGGAGGAGAAGGAAGUGGAUGUGGUAGAGCUGGACAGUGACUCAGCGACGGACACGGACUCUGAGGAGGAUACAGAAGAGACUGAAGAUUCAGAGGUUGACAACAAUGCAUGUCCCCUGAAAGUUGUUGAUAAGAAGAUUUUGCACAAUGUCUUGGAGAGAUUGCGUCGUGGGGACUUAAAGCAACGCUUUAAGCAGCUGAGGGAAGCACUGGAGCUGGAUGAAAAAUCCCCCAAGAUCCACAUCUUGAACCAGGCAAAAAGGGAAAUUAAGAUCCUGCAGAGGAUGAACAAAAGUCUGAAGAAGGAGCAGGCCUCCUUGGCCAAUCGGAGAGCAGAGUGUUUCCAAAUCAUGGACCAGUUGACAGCCAAGAGUGGAGAUAAAGAGGAACAGGCCACCGGGGCAGUAGGAACCCAGAGGCAGCACUUCCUGGAGGACUCAGAGAAAGUGCCCUCAUUGGUCAAUGAUGCGACUGAAGUGGUGAGCAUGUUGGCUGACACAGAAGAAGAAACGGACAACUCCUCAGAUGAGCAACCAUCUGGACAGACUGGCAUCAUCAAUGUCACCAGCGAUGAAGGUGAAGAGGAAUGGGAGUCUGUGGAUUCAAAGACUAUGCAAGAGAAUGUAGAUGUAUCAACGUCAGCUGGCCCGCCGCAACCGAACAACAACGCAACGUGUUCUACAGAAGAAAACAUGAAAAAGAAUAAAGACAAAAUUGGCACUGCCAAGCAGAGUCGAGAAAGGUACACGACACAGUACAAAACUUUGACAGAGAUGCUGGACAUCAAAAGAAGAAAGUCUACGGGCUUUGUCCUUAAUCAGGCCUGUAGGGAAAUCAGAGACCUGAGUGACAAGUGUAAGAUUCUGGAGAGGCUGAAGGCUGCUCAGACACAGACCAGGACGGACUACAUCCUCAAGGUCUCCCAACUCACAGGUAAGAAGGAGGAGAGGAUCCUGUGGAAAGUACAGGAAAUCUCCACGAUGCAGAAGGAGGACCAAAGAAGAAGAGUUAAAGAGAAUGAGAGAAGAAAGGCUGUCCUAGCAAAGAGGGCUGUCCUCCAGCCUCCCGCCCAGCUCAGCAACAGACCAAGAACUGUCCCUAACAUCCUGUCUCGUGGGAAGAAACCUCCCUCUGCCACGAAGCCCAUGGAAGGCGGGUCUCCAUACUUCCACACAGACCUGCUUCCCACUGGGCUGCUGGUGAUCCCAGGUCAGCAGGUCAUCACAAUGGCACCCCUUCAGCCUAUAGGCUCCUCCCUGCUUCAACCAGUCAGUCUGUCAGGGCUGGGCCUGCACCCUUCCCCUACACCAGGUGUGGCUUCAGUCACAAUCAGCAUCCCAUCCCUGUCACAGCAAGUCAAAGCCCCCCCCCUCUCCCUCAACCCACCUGGUAAUGUAGAUUAUAGGAUAUCUUUGGCUGCACAACAACCCGAGGUCUUGACACAAAACAUUGGCCAGGCCCCUGGGGCUCCUGGCCCUGCCUCCAUGGCCCAGAGCAGUGCUCUAACGGUGCAGGGGGUGGGGCUACACGCAGAGAACGUAAGGUUCUUGGAUGAGGGGAUUGAUUCUGCAGACUGUGUAGAGAUGAAGGAUGCUAAACAGGCUUCCGUCUCUGGGGAUGAUGCUGAUAGCGGUGAUGACGUUGAUAGUGAGGAUGAGAGUCUGACAACUCUGCUUAAUGAAAUUGUGUUCCUCAACCAGCAGAUCAGUAGUGAGGACCCCGACAUGCCACCAGAGCUCCCUAGCUUACCCCCCCCUGUGUCAGGGACGGGUAGGGGGCCACAGAAAGAGAGGGAGGCAAUGGGAGAGGGGGAUGACGAGCGCUCCCUCAGCCCCAUGUUCCUCAGUCUGGAUGAGGACAUGACUGGAUCUCAAGGGGACAUUAAGUCAUCCAGCAGUCUAUCACAGCCACCGGGACAGUCACUUGUUCUGGAACUUGACCAUCACCCAGGGAAACUGUCCAACAGUAGGUCAGGUUCUGUGUUGGAUUCUGUUUCCAAUUCCAUGUUGGGUUCUGGGCACGGCUCUGGUCCAGCUGAAAACGGACACAGCCAGGAGCAAAGCCCACUUCCACCUCCUCUUGGAACCACUAAAGGAGGUACCUUGACUCCACCCCCUUUGCUGCAGAUGAAAGUGGGGGGUGUGGCUAUAGUGGCGGACACGAAUGUCAGAGCAGAGGAAAAGCAGGAGUCAGAGAUUGCCUGGAGACCAAUGCCCAGACUGGCUCCUUUGGGCUUGAAGACCAAUCCACAAUCCUAGCAUCUCCUCAACUAGCUCCCAGCUACAAAUACACUACCAGCACUAUUCCACUGAACGCUAAACACACAUCCAACAGCCAUGAUGCCCUCCCAGAAUGGUUUUUAUGUUAAGCUUGGUUUGGUUUGCCUAAAUAUCAAAAUAGUAAUUUCAGGUUCAUUUCUACUUAUUCUAGUUCUCAAGACUUGUUCAGACAUUUAAAGCAGCCAGGGAGAACAAUAGACAGUAAAGGUUGCAUAAUGUCAGUGUUAAUACUGCAACUAGCAUCUCCUCAGCCCCCUAAUCAGAAAGCAGAGCUGUUGUAUACAAAUUGUACUUCAUAAAUGCAAAAGACCGGGCUUCUGGUUCCACACACUCUUAUCUCUUAAUGGGAUCUGUAUUUUAUCUUUCCCCUGUUUUAAAGAGGAGAUAGGAGAGAGAUGUAAUGACUCAUGGGCUAUAUGAACUUUCAUGAAAACCUGUACAGUAUUGUUCUGCCUCGUUCUAUCAAAGGAACCUACAGUUGUUGAUAGUACUAUGUUCUUGACUGUUUCAAAGGGUCCCUCCAUGUUUCAAAAGCUCAUAUUUGAAGAAAAAAUCAUGUAAGAGCGAUUAGGAACAUUUCAACUGCUUUCCCUCCCCACGACCACCCAAAGAAUAGGACAACCUUAAGAUUUAAAGAUGCUUAAACUUGACCCACAUAUAAUUGUGCUCUUUAUCACCAAACUGUGGUAUGUUUUUGGCCCUUCAGAUCAGUGAUCUUUACUACUGACCAUUUACCUGCCCACUGGUGUGUGAGGAACGUGACCAGACAUUCAAAAACAAAAGCAUGGAAGGUCACUUAAAUGUUCAGAAUCGCCAGGGAUUGUAUUAAGUACAAGAGACGGGUUUACCGUAAUCUUGUUCUCAUUUGGCGCUGCUAAAAGGAUUAUACAAGGUGUAACACUAAAAGCCUCUGGUUAUUCAUCAAGUUACACCCUGACAUGUGACAACGGUUUUAUAUUAGCCUCAGUAUGGGAUUAUACUUUACCUAUACUGUAUGUCCUGGUGGUAAGCUCAUUGUGUUUUUAACAUUUUAUUUUGUAAAAGCAAUAUUUUUGUAUGUUGUGUAAAUAAGUUAUCAGUGUUGUCAAAAGGAGACCUUGCAAUAAAAUAUAUUAAAGUU